GACACUGACUACAAAUCUAUACCAGUGGCACUGAACAGUGAGUCAGGGGAGGUUAGAAGAGAUAGCUGGAAUCUAAUGGCUGCUGACAACAGGAUGAGUAUCUGAAAGUCUGGGAGUCAGUGGGGUCCAUUCAUGACUCCAACUAUCUGAUUUGCCCUCUCACCAAUGUUCCUGAGCGGUGGAGCCUGCUGGUGGCUGUUCACACACAGGGAGUCAAGUGCCCCAAAAGACUUCCUCAAUGAGAAUGAAACGGAUGUCUUCAGUUACUUUUGAUGUGAAUUAAUGUGAAUUAUUGGAGAGAUUAAAAAAAAAGAAGAAGAAGUGACAUUUUGGGUGUGGAGAGCAUAAAAGGAAUGUGAACAACCAGUAGAGGACUGACCAGUCUAUGGUGUUUCAUCAUUGUAAACACACCCUCAAGACUUUUAUGACACACUUGAUGCGGACAGCAGGGAGCUAUAAAAGCAUAUUUAUGCCGUCACAAUCAAAUUUAUUAGGAUGUGAUAACCAUUAACCUACUUGUUGAUAUCAAUAUACGCAGGAAUCCAUUCGGUUAUUGUUAUGGAGAAUAGGUGUUAUAUUUCUAGCCUCCCUUUCUGUUGUACUCGGCAACUUCUGCCUAUAAAUUAAUUAAAAACUCAGUUACUCAUCCACAUUUUAUUGGCUUCAUCUUGCCAACCUUGUACGCAAGAGCUUGAUCUCUACAUUUGCUUAAGGACUACAUAAUCUUGUUUGACCAUGGAUCUUGAAAAAUGCAACAAUGCAUUUUAACUUGUGGUGUUAAAUUUAAAGUAUUGCAUCUACAGUCCUUAUCUCAGAAUAAAGCAUCACCCAGUUAACACCACCUUCACUCAUUUGAUCCAAUUUACACUGUUAUGGACUGUGAGGUUGACAAAAUGAAUAAAGCAGGAGCUUCCGUGAUGUCUUUGAAUGCAGCAGCGGUUUCCAGGGAGUGGCCCCUGCACCUGUCCGACCUGUUUUGGGGGGGGACACAUGACUCCGGAGGAAUUUCCCCCGUUGCUCCCGUCCUUUGUUUAACGGCGUCUUUUUAGUGGGACACAGAGAGGCAGAGGAGAGGGGGAGACAGAGAGAAGAGAGAGGGUGACAUAGAGAUGUCGGAACCAGCCGCUAAUCCCGCUGCCACCUCGUUCCCAGCGCCAACUAUUUCUCUGCCUUUGGGACUGGAAGUAUUGAGGACUUACUCUGGAGCCCUUGUCUGUUUAGAAAUAUUAUUUGGUGGUUUAGUAUGGAUCCUGGUGGCUUCCUCCAAUGUGCCCGUGCCUCUGCUGCAGGGCUGGGUGAUGUUUGUCUCUGUCACCAGCUUCUUCCUUUCCUGCACCUACCUCACGCUCCUCAUCACCGGCCUGGCUGACCGCAUCAACACUGACUGGAAUUUCUUGGAUGUGGUUUACCAUUUCAUAGCUUUGCUUUUCUACUUUGCUGCCUUCGUGUUGGAGGCCGCAACUACAGCAGCAAAUGGAGGAGCCCACAUCAAGCCGCUGCCUAACAGCACUGAAGCUGUUAUGUGCAUAACCUAUCCUCGAGGCAACGUAUUCACAGUCCUGAGUGGCACGCAAUACAGUAUUAAUGUGGCAGCCACGAUAUUUGCAUUUGUGGUGACAAUGUGCUACGGCUGCAGUAUGGUGAUGGGCUUCAAGAGGUGGAGAAUGUAACCAGGAAAACCAACAAAUUUUACAAACGCUUCAUAACUUCAGCAUGUAUUAAAACAUCACAACACCAUGCAAAGCUCCACAGAGAGCACUGCUACUCAGUUCAGUGCAAACUAUAUUAUCUCCUGAUGGGAAACUCCUGUCAGCAAGUGAUCGCAACAUCAAAGCUACACUGGGAAAGUGUAGAUGAAAAAAUUUCUGAGUCAGAUAAAACAUCUGUCAAGAUUUCUGGACAAUAAUAGUCCUACAGGAAUUCAUCUUUUGAGACGCUGAAAGGAGGUUUAGUCUGGGAUGUUGAGGGAAUUUUGAGAAUGGCGUUAUAGAACUGCAGUCGUUGUCCAGUUAGUACCAUAUGAAUUUUAUUCCUGUGCUGCUAACCUGGUGAUUUCACUGUUUUGCAGCUUUCCUUAAUGUUGCCAGGAAAAUCUAUGUGGGAAGUUAGGGAAAGUUGUGCAUUUUGAGGCCAUACAUGUUAUUUUGCAAGAUGUUAAGUGAUGCUUCUGACAGUUAUGGUUUUCUGAUGGGGUGAUUUUAGUUUUUUUCUGGAAAGACCCUAAAAGAUAAAGUGAUCGUUCUCACUGUCCUCUUGUUAUCUUGGUGCUAAGAAGCUGCAAACUCACUCUAGAUUUAACAUGACGGUUCUUACACUUUUAUAUGGCCAUUGUUUAAAAUGUGCGUUGCUCUGAUAUUUGAAUUUCAAAGUUUUGAUUACUUGUUGUUAGCACUUUUUGUUAAAUUUUCUCAGUAUAUCCGGCGUAACUGUUUUUCCGAAUAUUGUAAUGAUUCUGCGACUCUGUAAAUAUUUAUCAUGUAAUAGUAUCUGUUACUGUUUAAACUUUCUGAGUGCUGUCCUGUGUGGCUAACUCCACUGACAUACUGAGAUAACUUGACCGAGGUCUAGGUUAAAUAAAAUUGCCAUUCUUGUUAGAUCUGCCACAAACUAAUCAUUUAAUCUGAGUAUCAAUAAACAUGCUUUUGUCAGCUACUGUAUAUCAAACAGGGAUCAUUGGAUUGUUUAAAUUUCUAUGUAUUAAGUAGUAUGUUUCUAGCAUUUGACCAUUAUUGUCAAAUUAAUUGCCAAUCAAUAACAAUCUUAGUUGCAGCAUGAUUCAUUAGUUGUAUUUAUUGUAUACUUUUGUUUGCAUUAGGCUAUUAAAAUGUCAUUAUUAAUUUAAAAUAGUUUAAAAUGAAGAAUCUUUGAUUUUUACACCUGCUGUUUGUGACUUUUUAAAUGCAUUUUAGAACUGCAAAAAUAAAGGUUUUGAAGGAAAAAAAAGCUCUUGUCUAUGCAUCACAUUGCAGG